AUGACGGAAUUGAAGCCAAAGGAGAUCUUUAUUGAAGAUACCGCUGACAAUGCCUCAAGUGAAAAAGGAGAGAGCUUCAAUGUCGAUCUGAUGAUCCUAGAAUAUGACAAGAAACAAACUGCAAGAAUUUUGUGGAAGAUUGACUGGAGAUUGGUUCCUUUACUUACUCUGCUUUACUUGUGA